AUGAGGGCCGACAUUGGACUCUUUGCGUUAGUUGGCCUAGCCAAUGCCUCGGAAUUGAUCAGCCGCCAAGUUGGGGCUCCGAGCGACCAAAAUAUGGCCGACUUUCGCGGUGGUCACUCGGGAGGCGGAGCCUGGAGACCAAAGACGAACCAUCCUGAAUUUUUCAGUCUCCAGCUCGAUUCCGUGUGCACCCCCGUCGGCGGCGUGACACCGACGGUGCCCGACUGUUUCCCCAACUUCGCCAUCAGGCUGGAGAAGGGAGUCGUCCUUGCGACGCCGUACAACAAGUGGUGGGAUCCUAAGCUACCAAUCUUCUUCGUGGACGAUGAUACCCAACUUUACACGGUCAGCAAGAAGCCUCUGCAGCUCUACAUCGACUCGGUGACAGGCGCUCUUAAAUACAGCCCAGUCGGAUGGCUCCCGCCGAACGCUGUCUCCAUCAGCUUCUACCACACCGGCAACAACCCUCUCCAGCGCGUUGGCCCCAGUCCUGCUUAUCUGAGUUGGCCUACGGCUCAGGGACUGUUUGCUGGUGGUGGCACUCUUCCCUGGAUUGUAUGCCCUCUCGGUCUCACCGGUCAAUACCAGGUAUUUAUCGCAGACACAAGUUUCGGAACCGGUACCCCAGCGGGCGUGAACAAGAACCCGGGCGACUGCAAGUCCAUUUCCCUUGCCGCGAUCAAUGCCAGCCCAUGGAGGAGGACUUCGUCGCAUCGCCAUAAUUAG